UUUUCUCUUUUUUUUUCUUUUUUGUGCUGUGAGAAAAUUGUCUUCAAUUUCGAUAUCGUAAUAAAUACAUACACACACUGGUCUUUUUUGACUCGCUAGGCAGACAUUGGCAUACAAUAUAUAUAAAGUGCGAGUUUUUUUUUAUUAUUACUCAACAACAAGACACCAGUGUAUUACAUAAACAUUAUAUCCAUGGACAAAACUAUUGUCAAUUGGUGGAAAGAAUUCGCUCAGACUCAUGAAAAUCUAAAACAUUCUAUUGCGGGCGCAGGCGCUGGUAUCGUCUCGUCUAUUGUAACUUGCCCUCUGGACGUAGCAAAGACGAGACUACAGAACCAAAGUAUUGCUUUACCCGGAGAAAAGCUCUAUAAAGGAACUGUAGGCACUUUGACUCGCAUUUGGCAAGAAGAAGGCAUUCGUGGACUGUAUAGAGGUUUGGGUCCAACCAUUCUUGGUUAUUUGCCUACUUGGGCCAUUUAUUUUACUGCAUAUGAUUAUUGUAAGAACCAUUGGUCUGGUAAAUUAGGUCAUGAUAAAGAAUGGUUGCUACACAUUAGCUCAGCCAUGUCAGCGGGUGCUGCUUCUACUAUGUUGACGAAUCCUUUAUGGGUAAUCAAGACAAGAUUGAUGACACAAAAUGAAAGAACGGCAUAUAGAUACAACAAUACGCUUCAUGCAUUCUUUACGAUCGCAAGAGAGGAAGGGUUCAGAGGGUUUUAUAAAGGACUUGGCCCAUCACUCAUAGGUGUCAGCCAUGUCGCUGUACAAUUCCCGUUGUAUGAAAGACUAAAAGUAUUGCUUCACGUUGAACGAGAUGUGUCGACCUCUGGAUCUACUUCUAUCUUGUUAGCUUCAGCGCUUUCAAAGAUGGCAGCUAGUCUUGCAACGUAUCCUCAUGAAGUGAUUCGAACUCGCUUACAAAAUCAAACAAGAAAACCUUACAAAUACCAAGGCAUUGUACAUGCACUUGAAAUCAUAUCCAAAGAAGAAGGCAUUCGUGGAUUUUACAAAGGUCUUUCCACAAAUUUGGUUAGAACUGUACCUUCUUCAGCACUGACAAUUCUUACCUACGAAAUGGUUGUUAGAAAAUUAGACGAUUGGAAGAACCUUUAAUUAAGGAUUUGUUCCAUUUGUGUACAUAAUACCCUUUUUAUUUAUUUUUUUCUUUCUUCCCUCUCUUUACUAAUUCUACCAUGCUAUAUACUGAAAUAAAAGCGUUUUAUAGAAAGCCA